AUGAUCGUUUUGCAAGUUACAGUGUUGCUGUUGUGCACACUGACCUUGACCGAAGCCGGACGUGUUAAACGUGUGGUAGGUGGUCAUGCGGCGAAAGCACCACCACCCGAUGAUCCCGUAGUUUUUACUCGCAUAUUUGAACGUGAUGCUCGUGUAGAAGGUUUUCGUAAUCCUCAUAGCCGAAUUUAUAGUUUCUUGGGGAUCUAUUAUGCUGAACCACCAACGGGACAAAAUCGUUAUGCCCGUCCGGUUUAUAAGCGUUUGGCUGGCGAUGUAGAUGCCACUAAACAUGGACCACCCUGCAUACAACCGGAUUCAUACAAUCCGAAUCGUAUUAUUGGCGAUGAAAAUUGUUUGCUGCUGAAUAUUUAUACCCCACAGAUGCCGGAUGAAACGACGGGAUUACCGGUCAUUGUUUGGAUACACCCAGGGGGUUUCCGUUAUGGUUCGGCUGCUCAAUAUGAUGCAACGCCGUUGGCCCAGAAUGGUGUUAUUGUUGUAACACCUCAAUAUCGUUUAGGGUCCUUGGGUAUUAUGGGCGACGGUACCAAGGAGUUUGAUGGCAAUUUGGCCAUAUUUGAUAUGGCAGCUGCUCUGCGUUGGGUCGGUGAUUAUAUUUCAUAUUUUGGUGGUGAUCCGAAACAAAUCAAGGCUGUGGGUCAUGGUUCGGGGGCGGCAAGUGCCAUGUAUUUAUCGAUGUCACGUUCGGCAAGAAGUGCAGUUGAUAUUACCGGUGUGGUGGCAAUGUCGGGUACGGCUCUUUCACAAUAUGCCACCGAUAAGGAACCCGUGCAGAGCGUUGGGGAAGUGGCUGAGAUUAAUGGCUGUUCGGCUGGCAAUGAAACUGAAAUUGUGAAAUGUUUGAGAAAGAAAAAAGCUGAAGACAUCAUCGCCAAUGAUUCGAAAAUACAAACGGAACGUUUGGCCGGUCGGGCCAUGGUCAAGGCUUUGGGUGGCAGUUUGGGUUUCCAGCCACACAUUGAGGGUACUAAUGAUAAGCGAGCCCUGCCCAGCCUAAUUGAAGAUGUGCCCGAACAACAGCUGAAAAAUGGAACCUUUACUCCGAUUCCCAUAUUGACGGGGGUAGUUAAACAUGAAACCGGCAAUGCCUUUAACUUGGAUACAAUUAACAACAUAUUUGGGUCGGCAGAGAAAUUUUUGGGUUCUUUAACCGAUACUCUAAUGGAAUUGUCAUCAUUUUUGCGUAUCGAUUCAAUAACGGGAAAGAUUGCCAAACCAGCACUGCCGGGAUUGGCAAGUGAACUGACACCCACACUGGAACAAGUUCUGAAGAUACCAGAGUCAUUAAAUGUACAUGAUAUUUUAAAGAAGGUCACUGAAUCUACCACGGAUAUCCUCUUCAACUUGCCUGCCGUGUUGACCACUCAAACCUGGUCCCAAAUAGCUCCAGCCUUUAUGUACAGUUUUGAAUACAAUGGCACCACUUCGAAGGGUAUCAACUUCCUACGGGGUUUACCUCUUGUAGGUGACACAGACCCCACGGAUAAUUCAAUUGUUGGCCAUGGCGAUGAAUUGGGCUAUCUGUUCGAUUGCAACGACAUCAAUGGUAAUCCGCAACCGAAGACACGUUUAAAUUCUCCCGAAGAUAUGAAAGUUCGUAAAAAUCUUAUUGAUAUGUUAGUGAGGUUUACAAAAACCUUUAAAGAGGACACCAAGCAAGGUGCCUUCACCGAUAAUUUAUUUAAGAGUGUAACCGGUAAAGGUAUUCCUUUCCUGAAGGUUGAUACAAGCCUGGAGACAUCAUCUGAUUUUCGUUUUUGUGAGCUCUCGGUGUUGGGUGCAUCUUUAAGUCCUUUGACCUCUACCUCUUGUCAGGGCUUGAGUUCAAUAAUAACCGGUUUAACUGGGUCAUUGGAUGGCAUCGGCAAAACAUUGGGUACGGUUGGCGAUAAAGCCACUAAUCUGUUAGGUGGCGGUGGAACUGGCGGAGGUCUUGGUCUAUUGGGUGGUGGUGGUCAAUCAUCAUCGAAGGAAUCAACAAAUUCAAAUCCCUUGACAAAUAUUUUGGGAGCAUCAUUAACCAGCGGUGAAGUAACGAAUAACAAUCCACCACGCAGAACAACUACUCGACCAAGUGGAGCUUUUGGUCUUUUGGGAUAA